AUGGUCGUGGCUCCGUUAUUACGCCUCCCUUCCGGGAUGCGUUGUAUGAGCUCUACCUUAUAUAUGAACUCUAUCAGUAUUGCGAGCAAAACAACAUGCUCCUCUCUCAAAGGUCUUCGGUCUAAUUAUAGACAACUCCAACGUUUCUCCACGACGCCAGCAACAUGGCAGAACGCAGCUCUGGACAGAACCCGAAACAUCGGAAUUAUCGCCCACAUCGAUGCGGGCAAGACCACCACCACGGAACGCAUGCUGUUCUAUAGUGGCUUCACGCGGCGUAUUGGUGAUGUUGACGAAGGCUCAACGGUCACUGAUUUCCUUCCUGCCGAGCGUGCGCGUGGAAUUACCAUUCAAUCAGCUGCCAUUACUUUUCAUUGGCCUCCUGGUGAAGUAGAUGCCGCAUCAGGCCCCCAGACCGGAGCACAGGAUGAGCCAGCUUUGCGGUCAACUUACCCCCACACUAUCAAUUUGAUUGAUACACCUGGCCACGCAGAUUUCACCUUUGAAGUCAUGCGGUCUCUGCGUAUUCUUGACGGCGCUGUUUGCAUUUUGGACGGCGUUGCUGGCGUUGAAGCACAGACAGAGAAGGUUUGGAACCAGGCCAGCACAUACAACAUCCCUCGCCUGAUUUUUGUCAAUAAGCUUGAUCGUGAUGGGGCUGCAUUUGGUCGGACAGUACGAGAGGUCAGCUCCCGCUUGGGCGUUUAUCCAGCGGUCUGCCAGAUACCUUGGUUCCAAGGAGGCAAUGGUUCUUUUGUGGGCGUGGCAGAUGCAAUCAAUCUCCAAGGAUUGCGUUGGAAGGAAGGCGAAGACGGCCGUACUGUGAAGAUGGUUGCUCUUGAGCAAUUGGAGGCUGAGGAACCCUCCCUGGCACAAGAGCUGCGGCGGGCGCGCAUUGCAUUGGUCGAGCUUCUUAGUGAGCACGACGAGGAAAUGGUUGAAAAGUUCUUUGAAUGUGAAGAAGAUCAUCUCUCAGUUUCGCCCGCUGAUAUUAUUCAAAGCUUGCGCCACUGCGUGUUAGACCAGAGCAGCCGAAUUAUCCCUCUUUUUGCAGGUGCCAGUUUCCGGAAUAUGGGUGUUCAACCCUUAUUGGACUCCAUUGUGAACCUCCUACCCAGUCCACCAGAAGCUCCCGAUCCAGAGGUGAGUAUUGCCGGUGUCAAAGGUGGCCUGCAAGACCUAUUGUCUGGAGACUUGGUCGUCGAGGAGAGUGAGAAGGUCUCUGCACGAUCUAAAGGAAAACAAAAGAAGAAUAAGAACACAGCCCUACAAACCAGUUUUAAAGAUGCCAUUGGCAAACUCCAAAGCUGCGCGCUAGCAUUCAAAGUGGUUAAUGACGCAAAGCGAGGAGUUCUGGUCUACGUCCGUGUAUAUUCAGGCUCAUUGGAUCGCAACAGUCUGCUUUUCAACACAAAUUUGCAUCUCUCCGAACGCGCGCCACGUCUACUGAAGAUGUAUGCCAACGACGCUGUGGAGGUGGACUCGAUUCCAGCAGGUCACAUUGGAGUCGUAGUCGGGCUGAAACAAACCAGAACUGGAGACACCCUGGUCUCAUACGCAGGCAACAAAGCCACACCCCCGGAGCCUCUCACCAGUCUCCAACUCCGGCCAAUUGCCGUGCCACCGCCGGUUUUCUUCACCAGCGUUGAGCCACAUAGCUUGAGUGAGGAGAAGCGUAUGCAGGAGUGCCUCGCACUCCUUCUCCGCGAAGACCCCAGUCUGCACGUCACCGUGGACGAGGAGUCGGGUCAAACCCUCCUAAGCGGCAUGGGAGAAUUGCAUCUCGAGAUCGCCCGCGAUAGACUCAUAAAUGACCUGAAAGCUAAAGCCACAAUGGGCCGCAUCGAGAUUGGCUAUCGCGAAUCCGCGCUUGGUGCCUCCAGCCCAAUACGUAAGAUAUUCGAUAAGGAGAUCGCCGGUCGUAAAGGAAAGGCCGGUUGUACAGCAGUCGUGGAGCAGCUGGACGAGAGUGUCGAGCCUCAACAAAUGGAUGAAGACACUCUUCUCGUCGAAACGUACGAUGGCAACCAAAUCGUCGUCCGCGCGCCAGGCCUGCAGGCCGACGGCUCCUCGCACGGCGAUGAUCAGACCAGCCUACUACACGUACUGGGUAUGGAUCUGGUUUCAUUCCGCACAGCUCUCAAAAACGGCGCUAUGGCGGCACUCGCUCGUGGUCCACAAUUCACCUUCCCGAUGCAUAACACCCGCGUCACGCUGACAAUCGACCCGGCAGUGGACCUCUUCGGCAACGAGACGACCACGUCAGCUUUAUCAUCCGCAGCUCGGCAAGCGACUGCCGCAGCGCUGCGAGACGUACAGGCUGGUGCCGGUACAACAAUGAUGGAACCCGUGAUGAACGUCAUCAUCAGCGUAGACGAAGCCAGUCUCGGAUCUGUUGUGCAUGACAUCUCGUCCUCGCGGGGUGGACAUAUCAUCUCACUUGAUGACGAAAUUCCACUAGGCGAUGCCGAUGCAUCGGCGUCUUCGCAAGCUGCACUUAAGGAGGCGCUACCGCCCAUUGACACGAACCGUGUCUAUGCGCCACCAGAUCCCUUCCAGACGGCCUCCGUUGGUGUUGAGAUUCCCGCUGCUACCGCGAGACCGCGAACCAUCACUGCUAAGGUACCGUUGAAGGAGAUGGUUGGAUAUCUCAAGCAUUUGCGCAGUUUGACUGCUGGCCGGGGCACAUUUGUCAUGAGUGUCGAUCGGUUUGAGAACAUGUCUGGACAGAGGCAGAAGGUUGUGCUUGCAGAAUUGAGGGGUGGAUUUUAA